AUGAACGUGUCAAUAGACGACUCAAUAGCCAUCUUGCGGCCAUUGUAUUUGGAUGCACAAUCAACAACACCAAUAGAUCCACGCGUUUUAGAUGUUAUGCUUCCCUAUUUAACUAGUUAUUAUGGUAAUCCACAUUCUAGAACUCAUGCAUAUGGUUGGGAAAGUGAAAAUGCUGUUGAAAAAGCCAGAAAGCAAGUUGCAGAUAUAAUUGGUGCUGAUUCUAAAGAAAUUAUAUUUACUUCUGGAGCGACAGAAUCGAAUAAUAUCGCUGUGAAAGGAGUAGCUAGGUUUUAUGGUAGUAAGAAAAAACAUGUCAUCACAACUCAAACUGAACAUAAAUGUGUGUUAGACUCUUGUAGAGCACUAGAAGCAGAAGGUUAUAAGAUAACAUAUCUUCCUGUAAAUGCUUCAGGAUUAAUAUCAUUAGACGAUUUAAAAAAUGCAAUACAAGAAGAUACAUCGCUCGUAUCGAUAAUGACUGUAAAUAACGAAAUAGGAGUUAAGCAACCGAUUUCAGAAAUAGGCGCGUUGUGCAGGGAAAAAAAAAUUUUUUUUCACACUGAUGCAGCUCAAGCGAUAGGUAAAAUUCCAUUAGAUGUCAAUUCUAUGAAUAUUGAUUUGAUGUCGAUUAGCGGUCACAAAGUUUACGGUCCAAAAGGUAUAGGAGCUUUAUAUAUAAGAAGGAGGCCAAGAGUGAGAGUCGAAGCUUUACAAAGUGGUGGAGGACAAGAAAGAGGAUUGAGAAGUGGUACUGUGCCGACUCCACUUGCUGUCGGUUUGGGUGCAGCUUUGGAAAUAGCAAAAAAAGAAAUGAAAUACGAUCACGACUGGAUGGAAUUUUUAUCAAAACGUUUAAUUGAUAAAAUAACUGAGAAAUUACCCUGCGUUGUUAGAAACGGCGAUCCAAAUUCAACUUAUCCAGGAUGUGUCAAUUUAUCGUUUGCUUACGUCGAAGGUGAAUCGUUGUUGAUGGCGAUGAAAGACGUUGCUUUGUCCAGCGGUUCAGCAUGCACGUCAGCAUCAUUGGAACCAUCGUACGUAUUAAGAGCCAUCGGAGCCGAUGAAGAUUUAGCACAUUCAUCAAUACGAUUCGGUUUGGGAAGGUUCACGACCAUAGAAGAAGUUGAUUACACGGCUGAAAAAUGCAUCAAACACGUUCAAAGGCUUAGAGAAAUGAGUCCUCUUUGGGAAAUGUAUCAAGAAGGAAUCGAUUUAAAAUCAAUAAAAUG